AUGAGCUUGACCUCGCGCGUCUUGGGCCUGUUCACGACGACAGAGACACCGUCUACCGAUCCCCCUUCUCCUGCGUCGGCCUCUCAGUUCCCCAACGUUGCUCCCGCUACCAGCGACCAUGUCUUUCAUUCCGCCGGUCCGAUAAGCGCAUCCAGCGACCAUAAUGCUCAGAAGGCUACGUCCCUUGCGGACGAGGAGGAGCCUCGGCCUCCCUAUCUACAUGCUAUGCUGGCUGGAGGUACCGGUGGUACCUGCGGUGACAUGCUCAUGCAUUCGUUAGAUACAGUGAAGACUCGACAGCAAGGCGAUCCCCACUUCCCUCCGAAAUAUACCUCUAUGACCUCGUCGUAUGCUACCAUCUAUCGACAAGAGGGUUUCUUCCGUGGUCUGUACGGUGGUGUGACGCCGGCGCUGUUUGGGUCUUUCCCUGGAACGGUCAUCUUCUUUGGUGUCUACGAGUUCACCAAGCGGAAGAUGAUCGACUCUGGGAUCAACCCCAAUAUUGCGUACCUGUCUGGAGGUUUCUUCGCCGAUUUGGCUGCCUCCAUUGUAUACGUUCCCUCCGAGGUUUUGAAGACGCGGCUGCAGCUGCAGGGACGCUACAACAACCCGCAUUUUAACUCGGGAUACAACUACCGCUCGACCACCGAUGCUCUACGCACGAUUGUUCGCCAGGAGGGUUUCUCUGCCCUCUUCUACGGCUAUCGGGCGACCAUCUAUCGUGACCUUCCCUUCUCGGCCCUGCAGUUCGCAUUCUACGAGCAAGAACAACGGUUGGCGAAGGAAUGGGUGGGCUCGCGAGACAUUGGACUGCCUUUGGAAAUUAUGACUGCAGUUACGGCUGGUGGAAUGGCAGGUGUGAUGACUUGCCCGAUGGACGUUGUCAAGACGCGGAUCCAGACGCAGCAGAACCCGGAAAGCUUGAGCUCGACCAAGUCGGCGGGUGAACCUGCGUCGACGAAGGAGAGCCCGCGCCAGCAUACGUCAUCGCACACGACGUCCACCCUGCGCACCCACUCGCGACCCAUCUCGACGUCUGGAGCAUCGACGUCGGUCGCGCCGCCCGGGGCUCCCCGUCUGGAUACCUCGUCUUUCUUCACUGGCUUGAAGAUGAUCUACCAGACCGAGGGCAUUGCGGGGUGGUUCCGCGGAGUCGGACCCCGCGGAGUGUGGACCAGUAUUCAAAGUGGAACAAUGCUGGUCAUGUACCAGUACCUUUUGAAGAAACUGGAAGCUUACCAGGGGGUGGAUGAUCUGAGCCCUUUGUGA